CUAAUUUUGCACUUUUUAUUACUGCAGUUGUCAUAUAAUGCUUCCCUCCUGCAAGCUGUCUCGAUUUUAUUACAGAGGCGAAGGCGAGCGCUACUGGAGCGCGCGGCCGCUCUCGCGCCCACUGUUCGUCUUCCUCCGGUUCCGACCAAAAGCCGCUCGUGCUGGAUGCGCGUGCGGAGUCGGGACUGGUGGGAGAGAGUGGUGCUGCAGGAAUUCUCCGACGCGGAAUGGAGAGAGCAUUUCAGGAUGACUCGCAGGUCGUUCGUUAAACUUUGUGACCUGAUGAAGGAUGUCAUGAGCCCGGGUGAGGUGACCGUGCGUCCCGCGAUCCCUUUGGAGAUGCGCGUGGCGAUCGCGCUGUACAAGCUGAGCGGCUGCGGGGAGUACGGCUCUAUCGCGUACCGCUUCGGGGUGCAUAAGACGACGGUGAUGAAAUUUGUUUACAUGUUCUGUAAAGGCAUGGUGAACCAGUCGAUACGGCAUUUCAUUAAAGUGCCGAGCCUGCAGGAAGCCUGCGCCAUCGCCGAGCGAUUUCAGAGCAAGUUCUAUAUCCCUCAGGUUAUCGGGUGUGUCGAUGUCACUCACAUCCCGGUCCUGGCGCCGAGUGACAGCUACAUUCAUUUUCUCAACUGUAAAGGUUGGACGUCUUAUGUGCUGCAAGGGGUCGUCGAUGACCGGUAUUGCUUCUGGAGUGUGAGCUGCAAAGCUCCUGGAGGUGCUCAUGAUGCCACUGUAUUCAAACAAUCCCAGCUGUUCAACCUGGCUCACCUUCUUCCUAAGCACACCCGCGACAUAGAGGGAACACUCAUCAAUUUCAUUGUUCUUGGUGACUCAGCCUACCCGCUCCUGGAAUGGCUCAUGAUGGCAUACACCCCAAGUCCUACUCUAACCCCUCAGCAAAAUUCCUUUAACAUACACCUUGAUGAUGCAAGAGCAGCAAUAGAAAUUGCCUUCGGGAGGUUGAAAGCAAGAUGGCGGGUUCUUCUAAAGAGAAGUGACUUCCACUACACCUUUUCACCAUAUGUGGCAAUUACUUGCUGUGCACUGCAUAACUUCUGUGAGAGACAAGAGGAGUCUCUUGGUCAAGCCUGGAUGAAAGAGGCUGCUGCUUUGGAGAGAGCCAUGCCUCAGCCUAUGACGCAGUCGUACAGACAAUCAAGUAAUGCUGGUAAAACUGUAAGGCGGGUCCUUACAGAAUAUAUGGCCAGCAAUUUUCCUCUUCGCGUGCAAGAACAAUGAACAGGUUUACACAGGACAUGUGAAUGUGAAUAUUUAUUUUUGUACUGUUAUUCAUUUAAUU